AUGGCGCCUACGACCUACCCUGUGAUUCCGGAGAAACUACUCCUCAUCUCAUUGAAGAUGUAUUUUACCCCAGAGCGCACCCUCAGCUACGUUCGCGGCCUCCUCGACCCCGCAAACGAGAUCGUCCAUCCCCAAAACCGCGAGAAGCUCUUGCUCGCUCUUAUCCCAGACUUCCUGACCAUCUGGCCAUCUCGCUGCCUCCGGGAUCCCCACGUCGCCCCGCCAUUCUUCCUCGGCGCCCAGGACUGCAUGUGGGAAGAGUACGGUGCUUACACCGGCGAGGUAUCACCAGCCGCAAUCAAGUCUCUCGGCUGCUCCAUCGUUGAAUUGGGUCAUGCUGAGCGCCGUGCCAUCUUCGGCGAGACCGAUGAGCAGACCGCGCGCAAGGCCGCUGCUACAAGUGCCCAGGGGAUGAUCCCCCUCGUCUGCGUCGGAGAAGUCACUGCCCCGGGAGCCGUGGCCUCGGAGGCGGUCGGGCAGGCCGUGUCCGAAUGCGCAGUUCUUGUCCGAGCUGUGCUGGAUGCUAUCCCCGCCGAUGCACCCGUCAUCUUCGCCUACGAGCCCGUGUGGGCAAUCGGUAAACCCAAGCCGGCGGGCGUCGACCACGUCGCCGCAGUCGUGGAGGGCAUCCGCGGUGUCGUUGGGUCUCGUCCCGGCACGGCGCGAGUUCUCUACGGUGGCAGCGCGGGGCCCGGUCUCUGGGGCGCGGGCGGCCUGGGCAAAGCCGUCGAUGGCAUGUUCCUGGGCCGAUUCGCGCACGAAAUUGAAGGCGUACGCAAAGUCGUCCGCGAGGUGGAGGAGACAUUGGGUGUCGCCUGA